UACUAACACCUCAACGCUUAUAAGCAUGUGAUGUACGCCUCACUAGCCUGACCUCAGUCAGGAAUUAAUUGGCAUCAACGCAAGACGUCGUGACGCCUAGCGUCAAUGUCAUCGGAAUCCAGUCCGUUUGUCAAUGAGGCUUGGUCAGAGAAGUCAACAUGUCUAUUACGAUAUGAAAGCACUGCACUGGAAAAGCUGAGGGAAAAACACUAUGAAUAAAAACUGCACUUCUGUCAUACACCGACUCUUCCAACCCACGGUCAGGAACAUAAAGUACCGAGGACAACACUGCACGUUUAUCUCUUGACCUAUACACCGGUCUAGUGUGCCCUCAGAAUGGUUCAAACAUCCAACAAGUCCAAAUCAUCCAGCAAGUCCAAGGCAUUUCUAGGGCUCGGUAAACCCAAGUCGAAGUCUCUCAAAUCUGGCCGUCCACCACUCCUCUCCUCCAGCACUAGCACGACCACCACGUCUCAUCCGUCAAUAUCCUCCAAACACACCCGUACCCUAAUACGCACCCACCACGUUCUCCAAAAGCGCCUUGCUGCCGCACGACUUACCAACGACACAUCCCUCAUCAACGAACUUGAUUCCCAACUCUCAGCAACAGGAGGCCUAGAAUCCUAUCAACUCGCCAGCACAGUCGGCCAGAGCGCCACCCGCGGCGGCGACUCCUCACGCGUGCUCGUCCACUGGUUGAGGUCCGAGAUCGACGCACGCAAGACGUCGACGUCCAGCUCUAGUAGCACCAACACUGCAAAUGCGCCGGUCACUCCGCUCCGCAUCCUGGAAGUCGGCGCCCUGAGCACGACCAACGCGCUGAACAUACCCGAUGUCACAACCGUGCGCCGAAUCGACCUGCGCUCCUCGGGCCCUGGUAUCGAGGAAGCGGACUUCAUGGCGUUCGCUGUCCCCGACGACCCCAACGGCAAAGGAAUCUGGCAGGGCCGACGGGGCUACGACGUACUUAGUCUAAGUCUCGUGUUGAAUUACGUGCCUGACGCGUGUGGACGAGGCGCCAUGCUCAAACGGACAACUGCCUUCUUCUCCCAAUCUCAUCCAGACGUCCCGGCGACUAUGGAUGGAUCUACGCAGCCGAUGCAGCUCCUACCAUGUCUGUUUCUGGUCUUGCCGGCCCCCACACUACAUAAUUCGCGGUACUUGACGCCAGAACAUCUCAUUCUGAUCAUGGGCUCACUGGGAUACACGCAUCUCCACACGAAAACUACGCGCAAAUUGCAUUACAGCCUGUGGCGAUACGACCUGGACAAGCGAGCCAACUGGCUCAAGAGUGGUGGACAGAUCGUGUUUGCGAAGAAGGAAAUCAACCCGGGAGGUGGGCGGAAUAAUUUCUGUAUCAUACUUGACGAAGAAUCAUGACUGCCGUAGUAAUACAAAGAGGAGCAGUAUCUUGAACACGAGAACAAGAAUUUGAUUUGAGCUUUUCUGUUUCCUGUCGGCAUCUCUGAUCUGCCUUGCUUGGUCGAAACAGAUUGUGUCCCCAGGUCGCGUUUUCAAUGUAUACUGCGUACCCACUACAGCAUGCCACUCUUUCCCGUUGCAUUACAGGUUUUUAUGACUGUCA